AUGUGUGGCUUAUACCUGAAUCGCCGUCUUCGAGUCGGUGUCGAGUUCUGGACAGUUGCUUUGUAUAAUGAAAUAGAAAAUAUCGUCAGAGGGUGUAUUGAUGAACGAACAAGAUAUACCUCUUCUACCUUUGAGGAAGGACUGGUCAAUCGGCUUCCGUGUAUGCAUCUGCCCCUGCGUCUACCUUCGCUAUUUUCUACAAUUCCUACUCUUUCUCUAUUGAAAGGCACUACUGGGAUAGGAAAUUCUCGAAGUUCCAUACUUGGAUUAGAGUAUAAUUAUACGCUGGUCUCGUAUGCGUUAUUCCAAAGCGUUCAUUUCAAGUGCAAUUGA